AUGACACCGAAAUCCCGCAAACGCCGAUGUAUAUGCGACAAAGACGCUCUAUUGAAGCAGAUUACUGGUGCUCCGCCAUUCCUUAGGUGCACGGAGAUAAACAAAAUACGCCUUGGGCUCUUCACCGAGAGAAAUUCUGAUGGCACAGCCUAUCUAAUAUUAAAAGGCAACGACAUAUACAGCAGAUACCAGAGGCGGAUCAGCGAUGUUGAUAUCCGAGCGCUUAUUCUGUACAUUCGAGACUCACCAAAGAUAAUAACUCGACUCGAUUUGUCCUACAACAACAUAACUGACGUCGGAUUCUUCAAACUACUCAAGAAGCUUCUCAUCAAGGGCCGCUCCAGCAUAAACAACUUGAAUAUAAUGAACAACGAUCUAACGGAAGAAUCGAUUUUAAAUCUAUCUAAGUACGCCGAGUUUUUAAAGCUCAAGUAUAUUAGAUUGAACGGUAACGAUUUCGGCGAAAAGGGGGGGGAGUAUUUUGCCGAUUUCUUGGUUAAGAAUAAGAGUGUCCAGUUCUGUGAUAUCGGUGAGACGUCGCUGACUCUAACUAGUAUAGCUCACGUCGUUACAGCGCUGAGAAUCGAUCACGGAGCGAAUACAACGAUUAAAGUGCUCGAUUUGAGUAGAAUCGUUCCCGUUUUCAAUCGGUACUCGUAUGAAACAAAAUGGCUGGCGUAUCACAUGGAAUAUUUACUCGAAAGAAACUCGACGAUCAUAGAACUGCAUCUGCAGAAGAACGAAUUCGUUGCCCAUGACAUUGAGUACUUUGGUCGGGGGCUGCGAAAGAAUAGCACUCUGCUUUACCUCGAUCUGGGUUACAACAAAAUCGGUGACUAUGGAGCGGAGUUAUUAGCAAAGUAUUUGAACGAGAACCCUCAAUUAGUCCUCAUAAACCUAGCUGGAAACGGAAUUAAGGAUACCGGGGCACGAGCGCUAAGUUUCGGGUUGCCAUAUUCGAAAAUUCGCGCGCUGGACUUGAGCAAUAACAGAAUAACGGACACUGGCCUACUCGAUUUGCUGAAUACCCUCAAAAAGGCGUUCUAUUUGCGCUUCUUUAAUAUAUUCGGGAAUGAAAUCGGACACGACACGUGCGUGGUUAUAGAGAGGAUGUUGUUGAGCGGAGUACUAUUUCAACACACAAUAGAUGUUAGAUUAUACGAAGUAGACGAGUUACUACAUGCUGCGUACUACCCAAAUCCAGCCGAUCGAAAUAAGCACUUAUAUUAUUGCGAAUUAGAUUUUGGAUUCGCCCAGCCGAUAUAUCAUAUAACGCGCAAUGUGUUGCCAGAGAAAAAAAUCGUUAAAGUCGAUUGCAAGCAAAGACACAAACUGGAUAAGACUGAUAGAAAUCGUUUCUGA